AACAGAUCAGUGUCUCGGUUUGUGGAAAACUUCAGUCCAAGACUGACUCUGUGCUGGAAACAAUUAUUGCUAUAGUAAACAUUUUAUAUAAAUACAUAUCCCAUAUCCCAGUCAAUCAGCAUGUACGAGUGCACCAUAUGUGGAGAGACGAAGGAAUCUGUUAACAAUCCGGAGUACGACUUCCGUCGUCCAAGUACCAGCCCAGAGGAGCGUACCGUAGUGGGUUCCUCCGACUAUUGCAGCAAAUGUCAACAGCUCAGCUUCUUUGUCAACCUGGAGGAUAGUGAUGAUGAAAAUAAUGAUGAAAAGAAUGCGCCCGACUGGGUCCACCAAGGCUUCAAGCAGACCGUUGAGGGUACUUCCACUUGGGAUUCUCAACAUGCCUAUCCGAGUCGACCGCCAGAGGUGCCGGUCCUGCAGAAACGCCAUUAUAUGCGGCAGAAGAAGGCUCCAUUGACUACACCAACUCGAUGCGAGAAGCAGCAACACCCUGAGCUGGCGAAGAAGACUUCUUUGACCGAUUUAGCACAGGGGAAGCAGCUUGCCCGGACAGAAAGCGGCACGACCAGAAAGCGGCGCGACCAGUCGAACUCCCCGACUUUGGAGCAAUUGCAGCGUAAAAUCAAGAGGAAGCGCAAGCUAAUGAAGAAACUGCUCAAGAUUCAACAGCUCAUGGUGCAUCUCGGGUGGCAGAGUCGUAUGGAGUGGCGCCGCAAGAAGCGUCAGCCUGUUGGUGCUCUCCACGUUCUUCACCAAAAACGGAAGAAAUCAGAAGGAGAUGUGGAUGUGGAUGCCGGCAAAGGCAUCACUUCAAGAUGCAUUCAACAGCAAAAAGGCCACAAAGUGGAGGCCGACCUGCCCAAGUCCAUCGUGCAACGUUGCAACUACGAGCUAAGCUUCCCGAAUCCACGCCUAGCCACAGGCAUGCCAGCAUGGCCAGCCAAAUCCCAAUUCCGCACGGUUCUCAAUGACCAGGAGAUCCAGCAGGCACUUAAGGAGAUGUUGCAGAAGGUUGCCCACUCGUUACAGAAAGCGAAGAAGAAUCCCGAUGCGGAUAGCCAGGGCCCAGUCUUUGUUUCGGGCAUACUCAGCCAUAUACUGAAAUAUUAUAGCGCGUUGCCCAUCGAUCGGAUGCGCUUGCGGCAGAGCAUGACCUUCUUCUUGGACCCAAACGAGAUGCGGCGCAAUCAUGCCAAGUGCCAACAGACUGUCGGUGUACAGCGAAAGGGCGACCAGCUGCAGCAACUGAUAGCCGUUGGGCCCCGCCGGACCGGCAGCUCUUUGGGACAGGGCGAUCAAAAGGAUGAGGACUCGAAGGAGAUGCUACUCCUAUGGCUGACCACCUUGAAUCCAACUGAUAAGCGCAUCUUUGGCACACUCGCUGUACGUGCCACAGACCGCCCCGACUCCAUAAUGAUGGUCACUGCCCGCACCUACGACUGUCUCGAUUUGGGCGCUCUCUUUGACGUUCUAGAGCGCCCACCCAAGAAACGCAAUGAAUUGAUAGCAAUUCAAAUUCAAUUCCAUUAGAAAAAUGGAAUCUUCUUGCAUCUGUUGUGCCGAUACACCAAAUAUUUUCAGACUCAAAAUUGU